GACAGUGCCGUGCAUGGACGCCUGGCUCUCCGGAGUGAGAUACCGGCAGAGAGGCGCAGUAGCGGGGGAAGCACGGCUGAAAGAGGGAUAACACCGAUCUCACGCCCGGUGUUUUACAGGCAGCGAGAACCGUGCGGGUGUCCGACGCGAGCGAUCCCCGCCGGUACAUGCGGAAUCGGGGCUGAAGCGGGAGCGACGCGACGGGACGCUGACCCGGGGGUGCGCACUGCCCUCCCGAGCGCCGCUUUAAAAAGAAGGAAGGGGAAAAAUAGCCGCAGAUUUCCCAAAAACAACAGUGAAAAUGGACUAUGAUUUCAAAGUGAAGCUGACCGGGGAGAGGGAGCGAGUCGAGGACCUGUUUGAGUACGAGGGCUGCAAAGUGGGGAGAGGAACCUACGGGCAUGUGUACAAAGCGAAGAGAAAAGAUGGGAAGGAUGAUAAGGACUACGCCCUCAAGCAGAUUGAAGGGACGGGCAUCUCAAUGUCGGCCUGCAGAGAGAUUGCACUGCUGAGGGAGCUGAAGCACCCGAAUGUGAUCUCCCUGCAAAAGGUGUUCCUGUCGCACGCCGACCGCAAGGUGUGGCUGCUGUUCGACUACGCCGAGCACGACCUCUGGCACAUCAUAAAGUUCCACAGAGCCUCCAAAGCCAAUAAGAAGCCGCUGCAGCUGCCGCGUGGGAUGGUGAAGUCUCUGCUCUACCAGAUCCUGGACGGCAUCCACUACCUGCAUGCAAACUGGGUGCUGCACAGAGACCUGAAACCUGCCAACAUUCUGGUCAUGGGGGAGGGGCCAGAGAGGGGUCGGGUCAAGAUUGCGGAUAUGGGUUUUGCACGGCUCUUCAACUCACCACUGAAGCCUUUAGCAGAUCUGGACCCUGUAGUGGUGACCUUCUGGUACAGAGCCCCAGAACUGCUGCUGGGAGCCCGGCACUACACCAAAGCCAUCGAUAUCUGGGCGAUUGGCUGUAUCUUCGCAGAGCUGCUGACCUCAGAGCCUAUAUUCCACUGUCGACAGGAAGACAUAAAGACCAGCAACCCGUACCACCACGACCAGCUGGACCGCAUUUUCAACGUCAUGGGCUUCCCUGCUGAUAAGGACUGGGAGGACAUUAAGAAGAUGCCUGAGCACUCCACCCUGAUGAAAGACUUCAGGAGAAACACGUACACCAACUGCAGCCUAACGAAGUACAUGGAGAAACACAAAGUCAAAGCAGACAGCAAGGCGUUCCACCUGCUGCAGAAGCUGCUGACAAUGGACCCCAUCCGCAGGAUCACCUCAGAGCAGGCCAUGCAGGACCCCUACUUCCUGGAGGAACCGCUGCCCACCUCUGAUGUAUUCGCGGGGUGUCAGAUACCCUAUCCUAAGAGGGAGUUCCUGACAGAGGAGGAGCCUGAGGAGAAAGCAGACAAAAAGAACCAGCAGCAGCAGCCUGGGAACAACCACACCAAUGGGGCGGGGCACACUGCAAACGCUGACAACAGCCACGCCCAGGGCCCCCCCCUCAAGAAGGUGCGAGUGGUUCCUCCCACCACUACCUCAAGUGGCCUCAUCAUGACCUCAGACUACCAGCGCUCCAAUCCACACGCUGCCUACCAGAACCCGGGACCAAGCACAGCACUGCCCCAGAGCAGCAUGGGAUACUCCUCUACCUCCCAGCAGCCUCCACAGUUCUCCCACCAGACCCACCGAUACUGAGGCCCCUCCCACCGCAGACUGGACCGAGGGAUCAUGGGAUGGAGCAGGACCUGUUCCCCGAGAGAGGGGCAGCGGGGUGGGGGGCACCCCAAAAACCCACCCCCCAAAAACCUUGCUCCUUACUGCAGCGGAUCUACAACAUGAAAAAACCAACAUGACCAGACAACAAAGGAAGAGAGAGCAAGAGAGCGCUCUGUGAAUGAUUCUCCUCCUGGCCGACGUCAUCGCUGCAAGUUUCUGACUAGGAAAAAAACAGUAACCCUGGUAACUGCUACUUGAAAUUUUUAAAAUGUCACACGAACCGAAGGUGCGCUUGGUCCGAGGUGCCACCUGAUUGGUCCCCUUACUUUGUCUGAGGUGACACCUGAUUGGUCACCCCCCAGGGCUGCCCUGCAGCCAACCCGACAGUCUCCUUUUCCUGAUUCAUUCUGUUUCGUUCAGUCCUUCGGCUUUAUGGAGGCUAAAGCUGCUACCUUAUGGCCAACAGCGACGGAGUCCGUUUCUGUGCGUGUGUGCCGGGGGCGGAGCUCCGUCCCUGUUGGAGCUGCUGAUUUCCUGUCAGCUUUAACGGCUCCUGAUGUAGUGGGUUCUGACUGAUGCUGUCUGUCUGUUCUCUGGUGCAGCGGUGAGCUGUGGUGUAGGAGCGUGGCAGUGGGCCGGAUGCCAGCAGCCCACGCACACCAUGCAUUGUACUGUACUGAAAUAUUUUACAUGA